AUGUUGGUUUUCAGGCCUAGCUGUCAGGGAGCCCAGCGCCUGCUGCUGUCGCUUCUGCUCGUCGCAGCCUGGGAGGCCGGGAGCGGCCAGGUCCACUACUCGGUCCCCGAGGAGGCCAAACACGGCACCUUCGUGGGCCGCAUCGCGCGGGACCUGGGGCUGGAGCUGACGGAGCUGGUGCCGCGCCUGUUCCGGGUGGCGUCCAAAGGCCGCGCGGACCUUCUGGAGGUGAAUCUGCAGAACGGCAUUUUGUUCGUGAAUUCUCGGAUCGACCGCGAGGAGCUGUGCGGGCGGAGCGCGGUGUGCAGCAUCCACCUGGAGGUGAUCGUGGACAAGCCGCUGCAGGUUUUCCACGUGGAGGUGGAGGUGAGGGACAUUAACGACAACCCGCCGGUGUUCUCUGUAACAGAACAAAAGCUCUCGGUACCCGAAACUCGACUGCUUGACUCCCGAUUUCCGCUAGAAGGCGCAUCUGAUGCUGAUGCUGGAGAGAACGCAAUGCUUACUUACAAACUCAGUCCAAAUGAGUUUUUCAUUCUCGAUAUGAUAAACAAGAAGGACAAAGGCAAAUUCCCAACACUUGUUCUGCGAAAACUGCUGGAUCGCGAAGAAAACCCUCAGCUUAAAUUGUUACUAACCGCAACUGACGGAGGCAAACCUGAACUUACUGGAUCUGUUUCUCUGCUGAUCCUGGUGUUGGAUGCCAACGAUAAUGCCCCUAUAUUCGACCGACCCGUUUAUGAAGUUAGGAUGUAUGAAAAUCCAGCAAACCAAACGUUAGUAAUAAGGCUAAACGCAUCUGAUGCGGAUGAAGGAAUAAACAAGGAAAUGGUAUAUUCAUUUAGCUCUUUGGUCCCAUCCAGUAUAAGAAAGAAAUUUCUAAUGAAUGAAACAACAGGAGAAAUACGAGUACAUGAUGGUAUUGACUUUGAGGAUAGUAACACUUAUGAAAUUCAUGUAGAUGUAACAGAUAAAGGAAACCCACCAAUGGCUGGUCACUGCACGGUCCUAGUGGAAAUCCUGGACGAAAAUGAUAAUUCACCUGUAGUGGUUGUCAGUUCUUUGUCUCUUCCAGUCAGAGAGGAUGCUCAGGAGGGCACGGUCAUCGCCCUAAUCAGUGUGUCCGACCGUGACUCAGGUGUCAACGGGCAGGUCACCUGCACCCUGACUCCGCGUGUCCCCUUCAAGCUGCUGUCCACCUUCAAGAAUUACUACUCGCUGGUGCUUGAAGGCAUCUUGGACCGAGAGAGCGUGUCGGCCUAUGAGCUGGUGGUGACAGCACGGGACGGGGGCUCGCCUCCUCUGUCUGCCACAGCCAGCGUGUCCGUGGAGGUGGCCGACGUGAAUGACAACGCGCCCGCGUUCGCACAGCCCGAGUACACUGUGUUUGUAAAAGAGAACAAUCCGCCGGGCUGCCACAUCUUCACCGUAUCUGCGCGGGACGCGGACGCGCAGGAGAACGCGCUGGUGUCCUACUCGCUGGUGGAGCGGCGGGUGGGCGAGCGCGCACUGUCGAGCUACGUGUCGGUGCACGCUGAGAGUGGCAAGGUGUACGCGCUGCAGCCCCUGGACCGCGAGGAGCUGGAGCUGCUGCAGUUCCAGGUAAGCGCGCGUGACGCGGGCUUCCCACCUCUGGGCAGCAACGUGACACUGCAGGUGUUCGUGCUUGACGAGAACGACAACGCGCCUGCGCUGCUACCGCCUGGGUCUAGUGGUGCGAUCGGGGCAGUGAGUGAGGUGGUGCCAAGGUCGGUGGGCACCGGCCAAGUGGUGGCGAAGGUGCGCGCGGUGGACGCCGACUCGGGCUACAACGCGUGGCUGUCGUAUGAGCUGCAGUCGGCGGCGGACGGCGUGCGUAGUCCGUUCCGCGUGGGGCUGUACAGCGGCGAGGUGAGCACAACUCGCGCCCUGGACGAGGCGGACGCGCCUCGCCAGCGCCUGCUGGUGCUGGUGAAAGACCACGGGGAGCCGCCGCUGACAGCCACGGCCACCGUGCUGGUGUCGCUGGUGGAGAGCGGCCAGGCUCUGAAGACGUCGUCGCGGGCGUCCGCAGGCACUGCAGUCCGGGAGGAGGCGCUGGUGGAUGUGAACGUGUACCUGAUCAUCGCCAUCUGCGCAGUGUCCAGCCUGAUGGUUAUCACGCUGCUGCUGUACACGGCGCUGCGGUGCUCGGCGCCUCCCACAGAGGGCGCGUGCGGCCCGGGGAAGCCCACGCUGGUGUGCUCCAGCGCGGUGGAGAGCUGGUCCUACUCUCAGCAGAGGCGGCAGAGGGUGUGCUCUGGGGAGGGGCCUCCCAAGACUGACCUCAUGGCCUUCAGCCCCAGCCUCCCACCCUGUCCAGUGCCUGAUGUGGAAGUGGAAGAACAGGCAAUUUCAGGGGACCAUUCCAGACAGGUGGGCUAUUACAUUUUAAUUUUCAUAUUUUGUUUUGUGAGUGUUCACUCUCAUCGUAUUUUUCUCAAAUAUAAUUCCAGGAGUAUCUUUGCUUUUUACAGUUGUGCAGAUUGA